GCGACCUAAAUGUCAGUGGGUAGUAAUUCUCACUCGCAGGUUAGUCUUGAGGUUGGUGACUAUUUUGUAAAAACGUAUUUGUAGUGGAUUUUUUUUUUAAUUUAAUAAAAAUAAAUAUAAAAAUGAAUAUACCCGAAGCGAGCAGCCAAACUGUCUCGAUGAUCACGUGCACGGCGCCAGUAAACAUUGCUGUUAUUAAAUACUGGGGUAAACGGGAUGAAGAACUGAUUCUGCCCAUUAACUCCUCACUCAGUGUCACUCUGCAUCAGGAUCAGCUUAAAACAACCACUACAGUUGCGUGCAGCAGGAAUUUUCAGGAGGACCGCAUCUGGCUGAACGGCAAAGAAGAAGAUGUCAACCAGCCGAGACUGCAGUCGUGUCUUCGCGAGAUCCGACGGUUAGCACGGAAAAGACGGAAUGAUGAAGAUCUUAAUGCUGAGAUUACGCUUUCUCAUCGGGUGCAUAUCUGCUCUGUGAAUAACUUCCCAACAGCAGCUGGGCUGGCUUCCUCUGCAGCUGGAUAUGCCUGCCUGGUGUACUCGCUGUCCCGUCUGUUCGGCGUGGACACAGAGCUGUCGGUGGUGGCACGCCAGGGUUCGGGCAGCGCCUGCAGGAGUAUGUAUGGAGGCUUUGUGCAGUGGAAGAUAGGUGAAAGACAGGACGGGAAAGACAGCGUGGCUGAGCAGGUGGCACCGGAGACACAUUGGCCCGAGCUCAGAGUUCUCGUCCUGGUGGUCAGUGCAGAGCGGAAGCCAGUUGGAAGCACUUCAGGGAUGCAGACGAGUGUGAAGACAAGCAAACUGCUGAAGCACCGUGCAGACAGCGUGGUCCCCGCUCGGAUGGACAGCAUGAUCAGGGCCAUUCAGGAACGAGACUUUGCGACAUUUGCUGAACUCACCAUGAAAGACAGCAACCAGUUUCACGCCACCUGCCUGGACACCUUCCCACCCAUAUUCUACCUCAAUGACAUUUCCCGCAAAGUCAUCAACCUGGUGCAUCGCUACAAUCAACAUUACCGCGAGACCAGAGCGGCAUAUACGUUCGAUGCGGGCCCGAAUGCAGUGAUCUACCUCCUGCGAGACCACGUACCUGAAUUUGUCCAGGCUGUCCGUCAUUUCUUCCCUCCAGAAUCCAGCGGUGGAGAAUUUAUAAAAGGACACCCUGUGCAUUCCACUUCACUGCCUGACAAGUUAAUAAGUGAUAUUGGCAUGGAGCCUACGCCAAAGGGCAUCAGCUAUAUCAUCUGCACGAAGGUUGGCCCUGGUCCUCGUACAGUAGACGAUCCAACGUUUCAUCUGUUAGGUGCCGAUGGACUUCCCAAGCAAACUUCCGGCCUGAGCGUUAAUGGACUGAAUGAAGACUAUCAACCUUCCCAAGAAUCAAAAGAGCAAUGAAGAUAUAACUGAAUUAAACCUAUUAUUAUUACAAUUGACGAGCACUUUUUGUGUCCAGAUUUUUUACCAUCUUGUCUAUUGUAUUUGCAUUCAAAUUU